CAUGAACAAAGUUCGUCUUAAACCAUUCGCGAAGGGAAACAUGAACGAAUCUGAACACAAAUCUUGAAAUAUUGGGCCCACAUGACCGCGUCGUGGAGAUGAACAAGGGAUACCUUAUGUACUCUGAUCGCCGUGCCAUCCUCCUCCUUCCGGACCACCAUGCGAUGUACAGUCUGCAGGAGGGAUUACAAUGCCCGCCGCCGCCUGCCGCUCAUCCUGCCCUCCUGCGGCCACACUUUCUGCAGGUUGUGCCUCCUGGAGCUCGAGGAAGAGAAGGGGAGGUUUAGAUGUCCCAGCUGCGACAAAGUGCACAUGAGACCUUCUGUUCGGAAUUUGGAGGUAAACGAGGAUUAUCUUGAUGAUGAAGAUAGUGAUGAUGACUGUAAAAGGGUCGUCAGCUACAGGGGUCCUGCGUCCCAAGCUCGCGGUGCUGGAGGAGGCGGCUUCCGAAUCGGCGGCGGCGUGAAUCUCGAUUUCGGGGUCAACGAAGGCGGCCUCGGUCUCGGGGUCAACGUCACAGGGGGCGUGGCGGUCGACGAUUUCAAAGUGGUUGGCAGUGCAGGGCUAGGCAUUCAGGCGGGCCUUAGCGGUGCCAUGGUUCACGGUCAGGCUGGCUUGGCGGUAGGGUUAGGCCAAGACGCUUACACAGGCAAUGUCAGUGGGCAUUUGGGCAUGGAUCCUCUUCCGCGGGCUGGGCUGAACUACACGUAUGGGUGUAUUCCUGGCGGCGGCAGAAGUAUCAGGUUCUGAUGUCGUUGAAUUCCGCGCGCAGUCUUUGGGGCAUCAAGCAGAUUUCCUCCGACUGUGUCUAUAUACUUAAGGUUAUCAUGAUGUCGUGAGUGGAAUGAAGUAGAUGGGAGUUUUCAUUCUACGAAGGAACAGGAGGUAAAAGGUCGUUCUCAGAAUCGUCUUGUAGAUUCGUGCGUCUGGCAGUGACGGAGUAACGGGAAUGUCGUCUAUCGCAUAACAUUGCAGUCACUGUCAUAUACUAUAGCUAAAGUUUUUUUUUUUUUUUU